GAUCGAUUUGAAAACGUUAGAGAUCUGAUAGAAGAAAACAGAAAACAUUACGAGAAUCAUUCAGACGUUAUUGAUCAGGCAGUGCAAGAUAUUGAAAGUGAGGAAUUUGGGAAUGUAGUCGCUCCUAAUGCACAAUAUAGAGAUGAACAAGAUAAAGAUAUUGGCUCAAAAGAAAGCGACUUAUUUGGAUGUUUUGAUCCUGGCAAAGAUAAGCAGCAUACAGAAUACGACUUAAUAAAUGACAUUGGUAUAUAUCCAAGAACACAUGAAGAUGAAGAACUAGUUGCAAAACGACUGAAAGAUGAUGAUUUUAGGAAACUCGUUCAAUCAUUUAAUAUUGAGCAAAAGGAAUUUUUUUACCAUGUACUGAAUUCUGUAAAAACUGGAAAAAUGCCAUUAAGAUUGUUUUUAAGCGGAGGUGCUGGUGUUGGUAAAAGUACUGUUACAAAUGCUUUGUAUGAAGCACUUAUGAGAUAUUUAAAUGCGCAACUUGAAAAUGAUCCAGACGAUGUCAGUGUUAUCAAAGUAGCACCCACAGGUAAAGCUGCCUUUAACAUAAGAGGGAAUACACUUCACUCUGCCUUUAAGAUCCCUGCAAACAGAGGAUUUAAUUAUUGCACACUUGAUAGAGACAGAUUAAAUACUAUAAGAUCUCAGUUAGAAAAAUUGCAAGUUAUUUUUAUUGACGAAAUAUCUAUGGUAGGCAGUGGUAUGUUUACGUUUCUUGACCUAAGAUUGCAGCAGAUAAUGGGCACAAAAGAACCAUUUGGUGGUCUUAGUGUGAUAACUGUUGGUGAUCUAUUUCAAUUAAAACCAGUGUUUGAUCAUUGGAUAUUUGAAAACUCAAGCGAAAGCUAUAAUACAUUAGCAUCGAAUCUCUGGCAGCAAUAUUUUCAAAUGUUUGAAUUGCCACAGGUUAUGCGACAAAGGGAAGAUAAAGACUUUGCUGAAAUUAUAAAUCGGAUAAGGGAAGGCAAACACACUGAAAAUGAUAUUAGAGUUCUAAAAGAAAGAAUAUUUACGCUUACCUCAGAACAUCCUGAAUACCCAAUAACGUCUACACACUUAUUUAGUACUAAUAUGGCAGUAGAUGAACAUAAUCAUGAAAUAUUUCAUAAAUCAACAAAUGAGAAGGUUCAGGUUAAAGCAAUAGAUAUUGUACUUGGUGAUUUAUCCGAUGAUUUGAAAGAAAGAGUAAAAAAACAAAUCCCAAAUGAUCCUUCUAAAACUAUGGGAUUGUACUCAGUUUGUUCGAUACUAAAAGAAGCGAAAUAUGAUCUUACGACAAACGUAUCAGUUGUAGAUGGCAUGACCAAUGGUGCUGAGUGUAUAAUUAAGAAGAUUGAUUAUCGAGUACCAGGUUCAUCAAGACCAAGUAUUAUUUGGGUUUUAUUUCAAGAACAACACAUUGGAAAUAAUCAUCGCAAAGAAUACUCUUAUCUUUACAACCAGACAGUGGAAAAAAAUUGGGUUCCAAUUUUGGAGGUCACUAGACAGUUUAGAAAACAUCAAAUGCAAGUUCUUCCCAGACAAUUUCCAUUGAGACCAGCAGCAGCCAAAACUAUUCACCGUUGUCAAGGAGAUACAAUGAAUGAAGCUGUUGUUGACCUUCCAUCAUCAAAACGGGAACACAUGCAUUAUGUUGCACUAAGUAGACUUAGAAGCAUUUCAGGAUUGCAUAUUCUUAAUCUCAACGAAAAUAAAAUAGCUGUGAGCAAGAAAGUGCAAGAAGAAAUGACAAGACUGAGAGAGAAUGCAUCACUCAACAGCGAUAUCCCUUUCCUUUAUAAAGAUACUAGUGGAACAUUUAAAAUAUUAUUUCAGAAUGUGAGGUCAUUACAUCUUCACUUUCCUGAUGUUGCUAGUUUGCUAGUGAUUACAAUGUAA